GCUCCUUCCCUCAACUGCACACCACAGCCUCCUCAGGAACAGCCUCUGCCUCCUCUACUCCGGAAUCAUCAGCUCCCACAAGAUGUCCUGCCAGCAGAGCCAGCAGCAGAGCCAGCCACCUGCCAAGUGCCCCUCGCCCAAGUGCCCCCCAAAGAGCCCAGCACAGUGCUCCCCUCCCGCCCCCUCUGGCUGUGCUCUGAGCUCCGGGGGCUGCCACGGGCCCAGCUCCGAGGCCGGCUGCUGCCUGAGCCCCAACAGGCGCCGCAGGUCCCACGGGUGCCGGCGCCGCAGCUCUGGCUCCUGUGACAGAGCCGGUGGCCAGCUGUCUGGGGGCUCUGGCUGUGGCCAGGGCUCUGGGGGCUGCUGCUGA